CGGCCGAGGCGGGGCGGCCCGGCUUUCGCUUUCGUUUCCCGGCUGCGUUAGGGCCCAGGUCGCGGUGCUGCGGGCAGCGGGGCCGGGCAGGGGCUGCGCCGGGGCCCUGAGCGGCGAGUGCGAGACCCAGGCCCGGGACGCAGCCCCGCGGGGCGGGCGGAGCUGCUGCCGGGGCUCCCGGCGCGGCGGGCAUGGCGGGCCGCACGGUGCGGGUGAGCGGGCUCCCCGCCGAGCUGCCCGCCGACCGGCUGGCCGACAAGCUGACCAUCCACUUCCUGCGCUCCCGCAACGGCGGCGGCGAGAUCGCGGAGCUGCGGGUGCUGCCCGGGCCCCCGCCCUGCGCCCUCAUCGCCUUCGAGGCUCCAGAAGUGGCACAGAGGGUCCUGGAGGCCAAGGAUCACGUCUUGUCCGUCGGAGGGAAGAAAUACCCGCUGGAGGUGACGGCGCAUGUGGCGGAGCUGAGCCCUGAUGAGAUCUUCAUACGCGCUUGCAUGAUAGUUGACUACGGCAAGCUUCCUGCUGGCAAAACCCUUCUGAGGAACCUGCGUAAAGGCUACAGCAACGUGCAGUUCAACUUUGACUCCAAGAACACAUACUGCAUCGUCAAGGGGCCGUUCACGGAGCUUCAGGCCUUCAGCAGAGACCUGCUGGGCAGCCUGGACCUCAAGAGCCAAGCCGGGGGAGAGAUCGUCCUGCCGGAUUCCAGACAUGUGGCCAAGGAGACCAGAAUGUCUGAUCAGCAGCGAGUGCACGACACCCUGGAGGCAACAGGAGGGAUGGCAAAGCUGCCGAAUUGGGACCAGAUGUGUGAAAAGGCACUGCAAGUCCCGUCGCCUCGGGGCCCAGUGGAUGGGGAAGCCGUGGAACAGCUGGAGGACUUUUCCCUGGUGAUGGACGCGGACAUUUACUUGUACAUGCAGAGGUUCUGCGCCGCUGAGUACCAAGGUGUGCUACACCGGCAUCACGUGGACGUGGUGGAUGUUAGCAGCGAUGGCAUCGCCAUACUGUACCUCCAGUCACCUGCAGGAACGUCCGGGGACAUGGACGCCUUGCGACAGGCGCGCCUGGCCCUGCAGCAGCUUUACCAGCAGCUGGAGCUGAGCUUGCGCAAGGAGAAGAUCGCCAAGGCAGGGCUGGAUGUGGACAGCCAGGCAUUCAAGGCUCUGACACGCGACCUGCAGAAGCUCUAUCCCCAGUUGCUGUGUCAUGAGGACGAGAAGCAGCUUUAUCUUAUCGGAAACCUCGUCGAUGUGUCCCAGGCCAAGCAGAACCUUCAGGAUUUCGGGAGCAGAAGAGGUGCCGCACACGCGGUCGGCAGCUCCCUGCCCUCGCACCCCGUGCCCUCCCGCACUGCGGAGGCUGCGCUGCACAAACCCAAAGUGCCUGUGGACACCUCGACCUCAAAGCUCGGCCCAGGCAAACCGGAGCUGAAAGCUGAGCUCAAGCUAGCUGCCAACUUCAGCACUCUGAAAGCUGACAGGUCUCAGGCCAGCCAGGGCCUCUUGCUGAAUCAGGAUCCUCCGCUGGCACAGCUCUCUGGAAAGCAUUUACCGGAGACAGAUGCUCUUGGUGACCCAGCAGCGCUGACCCAGCAGCACCAGCCCCGUGGCUCUCCGACAGACGUGGGUUUGGGGUCAGCAGCAGAGUUUCAGCUCAAGGACCCCAAAGAAUGGGACCACGUGAGAGGAGCUGCCAGGCUGAGACACAGGGCCCCAUCUCCCUUUGGGGGCAAAGAAAACAGCGCUACACGGCAUCCUGGGGACUCGAAGGGCUCAGGUCCCAUCAGAACCCACCCCCUCACUGGCACAUCUAGUACGUUUGACACCACAAGAGCCUCUUCUGCUCUAGACUCUAAACCCUCUGACUCCAGGCCUCUGCUGCGACGUUCCAACAGCUUCUCCCUGCCGAGGCCAAAGGAAGGUGACAAACCCCAAGGCGCUGGCAGUGGGGUGAGCGAAGAAAUGAGCCUGGACUCUCUGCAGUGGUGUUACCUGAAGGACGCUCACCGUGCAGCGAUUGAUGAGCUGUGCAGGGGUGGGGGUGUGCAGAUCUCGGAGCACCGCGCCGGGGACUGCACCGUGCUGACGCUGCGCGCGACGGGCGGGAACAAGCUUUUCCAUGCUAAAUGGAAGGUGGAAGCUCUUGUGCAGAAGUGUCCUGACCUCAUGUGCCAGAGCAUGAGCUACUCGGAGCUCGGCGUGGAUGGUCCAGAUGACGGUGCCCUGAGCGUGCUGUGCAACCUCUUGCAAAGAAACAACCACCAAAUUGUACUCAGCAAAGACAAACACAAGCUACAUGUUGUCUGUCCCAAGGAGAUGCUGCCAGGAGUGACCGAGGCCUUCCACAUGUUUUCUUCCAGGAGGCUCCAUGCCCCGAAAUCCUCGGCCUUGUCUCCAGGACCAGAGAGCACAGGGCGCUCAAGUGUUGCUCAGGACACGGUGCUGGGCGCAGCCCUUCCCGACAGCCUGGAGUCCCUGCAGAUGGGUCUGCAGCAGCUCAACAUCAGUGAUAAAGCAGAACACGUGGGUGUGCCCAGGGCUUUCCAGCCACCAGACGCUGGGGAAAAGAGAUCCCCCAGUCCUUGGAGGCUCCGGCAAGCACCGGGGCAGGAGGAGGCCAACAACCAUGUUGAUUCUGGGGCUGCGCAAGGAGGAAACAGCUCUCUGAGCCCUAAUGUAGCAGAUAAGCCAAGUCCUGCUGCUCUGAGGGAACCCCAGGAACAGCUGAAGUCAAAACUGCAUGUGGGGGAGCCUGACAUGGCCCAGCUAAGGCAGGUUUUGCCAGACAGAUUCCAGUUAAUGAGAGACAAGGGCAGAGGAGCCCACACCGAAGCGCCGGGACAGCUGCGCUCGCCGGUUCCUGCGGCAGACGGUGCCCCUCGCUCCCUGCCCACCUGGCUGUACAGGGCUCCAGCUGCAGAGCCACCCGAGUCCUCAGCACAGCUGUCACCUCCGGCUGAGCCCAGGGGACAGGGGAGGGCUCUGCUCCCCACGGGCAGGAGCAACGAGCAGGAGGAUUCUGACCUCUCGUCACAGCAGACAAGAGGUCCCAGCGUCGGACAGGAAAGCGGCAAGACCCCUCCGGGCCGGUGUGACGCUUGCCAGGGCUCAGGUGUGACCUGCCAGGCCCCCUGCGGUCACGCCUUGUGCAGGGCGUGUUUUGCAGGGGACAGCGCGCAGCCGGCGUGCUGCAGCUCCUCCUCGGCUGCCCCGAGCCGCAGGAUCUCGGGGACGUUCCGGAUCUCGUCCCUGUCGCAGAGUCUGCCGGGCUACUACCGAGACCCCACGCUGCAGGUUGGCUACAGCAUCCCCGACGGGGUGCAGGGGGUUGGCGACCCCCGCCCAGGGCAGCCUUACAAAGGGGGCAGUUUCUGUGCCUUCCUGCCUGACAACAGGGACGGGCAGAAGACAGCGAUGCUGCUGAAAAAAGCCUUUGAGCGCGGGCUGACCUUCCAGAUCAAGUCCCACAACGGCGAGGAAAGAGUGACGUGGGGCCCUAUUCCGCACAAAACCUCCUGGGAUGGAGGCAGAGCCAGGAACGGUUAUCCAGACUCCCAGUAUCUCCGUGAGGUUUGCACCGUGCUGGAGAAACUGGGCAUCGCCUGACACUCCCUCCCUGAGCAGCCGCAACCUGCGCCUUCGCUUCACCUUCCAGCUGUGAAAACUGCAGCUUAACGCAGACCGCUCGGGAAGAAAAGCGGGUGUUUGUCCAACGAGCUCCUGUGUAGCCAGAAAUGUGCACAUCAGCACCAGCAGCACCUCCAUCCCGCCCCCACAAGCCUCAGCAGGGACCGGAGCUUCCCUGCAGCUCCAGCUCCUCCUGGGUACGCGGUUACGCAGCUUAUUUCAACACCGGCUCCACGCUGCGCCCCGGCGCGGCUUUCAGCAGCGUAAAUAGAGUCCGGCCCUGUUUUCUGGAAGUCUCUUUCCCCUCUGCCCCCUCCAGGCAGGUUCCAGCUCAGCCAGAACUGAGCUGUCGUUAAGUUCAGCUCCUCGCUCAGCUAUUUCGGACAGCGCCGAGCUCCCGCCCCUGCGCUGGGAACCCGCUGCUCCCUUGGGCACCAUUCACAGCUUUUAGCACCCAGGGCUGCUGCCUCCCAUGAGAAUAAUUCUCUUAAGUGGAGAAACACAAAUAAACAAGAUUUACUCCCA